AUGAGUCCCCACACACGCGAGAAAGAAGGAAAAAACGUCGACAACCGAGUUGGCCCUCUUCAUCCAACAGAGCACGAUCCUAGCACUGAGGAAGAUUACAAGAAUAUUUUGAAUGAACUGAUUAGAUACCUAAACCUCAGUGGUGGAGACAACAGUGUUGAUCAAAGUCUUGGCUUUGCACAUACGCAAAAGCGCAUAGGACAUGGUAGAUUUGAUAAUUAUGGUUAUUAUAUAGGUGAAGGAGGUGAUCCAGAUUAUGAUGGUGAUAAUGAUCCAGAUUCUGAUUAUGAUUUUGAUGAUAGUGAUUCAGAUUUUGAUUUUGAUGAUGAAUUUGGAUAUCAUGAUGAGUUGAAAUAA